AUAAUAAGAAUUUGUGUGCAGGUGAAAACCAAAACUACACCCGUAUGUCGCAUAAUCCCGAGGACUUCGGGCAAUCAGAAAACGCGCAAAACGAUUUUCUUAGCAAUGGAUCCGCCGAAAUUUGCUAUGCAUCGAACUCCACGCCGACCCUAGUCGUGGCAGACAUCGGCACCAUACAGGAGGCGGGGAACAAAGACAAUCCCGAUGCUCAUGAAAAUUGUAAUGGGAACGGAAAUGAGCCACUAUAUACACAAAUACACGCAGAACAACACUUUGGCGUACAAAUAAAGCUAGAACCACAACCACAGCCAGAGAAACAGCAGCAGCAGCAGCUGGCGCCCGAACACACUCAUCCGAAUCCGCAUCCAAGUGAUCCAUGUGAGCUGGUACCGACUGGUCUUGGUGCUUUCGAAAUAUCUGGCAACGCUGCACCACCAGGCCUUUCAGAAGACCGUCAAACAGAAAAACCGCAGAAACCCGAUAAUAUCGUAAAACUGAACGACGACAACGAGCAGCAGCAGGAGCCCGAACGUCCGCAUCCGAUUGAUCCGAUUGAGGGGGUAUCUGGCACCGGUAUAGAAGACUCGCAGACAGAGGGACAACAGAAACCCGAUAAUAUCCAACCGGAAAGAACCUUGAACAACAACGAUCCGCAGAAGCCUGCAACUAUCUCGGUGGACAGUACAGCGCCCUCGAUUGGGGUUAUUGAAAUAGCCGAUGAGCAGGACCUGCUGUUAGAUUCAACCCGUGUAUCUCCCGAUUAUACACGUAUAAAUAAAGUGCGCGAGUGGCUCGGCGAAGAAGAAAGACAAGACCUCGAAGAAUCAGAGGAAGAAGCGGAGAUCGAGCUGGAAUCGCAGCUAUUGAAAUAUCCCUUAACACCCUAUUACGUAGCCGAAACUGGGCGAAAGAAGCGGCUUCCGACCGAGGAACACUUCGCAGCGGAUAAAGGAGCGGGUGAGGAGCCCAAACGAAAGAAGCAGGAGGAAGAGGAACUGCUGCCGUGCAAGAAAAUUAGCAAGUAUCGUUCCUGGCUGGAGUGCGGGAGCAAGGAUUCUUUUCCAAAUCUUUCCAACCCAUUAAACAAGGACUGGCCCCAACAAAAUAACGUCUUAUCCACGUCUGAGAGAGAGGAGGAAGGAGACGAGGAGCACGAGGUGCUUAAAGUGUUUAAACCGAACGACUGUGCUUCCACCGCACCGCCCAAAGACAUAUCAUCCCAGUCCCACUCCAAGGAAGGAGAGUUCCAAUAUAUCUCUGAUACAGAGACAGAGUCAAGGUCAGACGAAUCCGAGAUCCAGGAAAUUACCGAGUCAGACGAAGAAAGGGUCCAAGCGGGUUUUUCCCCGCCUUUAUCUCUGGCAGGGGAUUCGGAGACGAAUAAAGAGGACGCGACUUCGUCGUUGUCCAAUGAGGAAUAUCCUUCGGCAAACAUCGCCGCACUAAUCCCUGUAGGAGGCGACGAGAAGAAGGCGACUCAGUUGUGGGACCCAGAGAAAUAUCCCCCGGCAGGCACGCACGCCGAGCAGGAGGCUCCCGUGUACCUAACGCUUGAGCCGGCAAAAGAGCUGCAGUCGCAAGAGAUUGCCGCUGAAGAAGAACAAAGAAGAAGCGAGCUACCACACGAGACUGGAUCGAGCGGCGCGUGCGAGACAAUAUACGAGGAGCUGGAUACUGAAGGCGCUUACUACAUUAUACACAGGCUUAAAAAGCCUGCAGAGGACCUGCAUUUUCAAGAGAUUGACGUUCAACAGAAUUUACACUCCGACCAGUCAACGGCUGGAGAAGAGGAGGCAUUCAAACAGAUCCUAGAGACCUACCAGCCAACGGCUGGAGAACAAGUUGUGCAGAGCAUCCCAUCCGAGGCUCAGCAGCAGAGUCAUCCCCCAAUCGAACAGCAGCUGCCAGAGGCCGUGUCUGUAUUAAAUUUGCGGACAGAGGCGGCACUGUCAUUGCUUCUUCCUAAAGAGGCACUUGCCGGCCCCGCAGAUCUCGUGGAAUCGCCACAGCCUGGUCCUUACCCAGCCAUCGAAGCUCUUGUGGAAUCACCACAGCCUGACCCUCACCCAGCCAUUGAUGCCGUUAGACACAAGGACACAAAAGGAACCCAAACUGAUUUUGACGAAGGCAAUUUUGAGGUUCCAGAUCCAGAACAAGAACAGAAGCGCCUCAUCGUUGAGGACCUUUACCUGGCUCUCUAUCACAUUGCAACGACAAUCAAUCGGAUUCUAAAGACUCCCACCGCCGACAACCUGAUCGACAUUGCCAUCAGCAAGGACAGAGUCUUUAAGCUGUGGAAGAGGCUGCUGGUGGAGUCGGAGCACGAACUGUCCCCCGACGAUUUGGUCCCAUUGAUAGCCUUUCACGAGGACAUUGCUUUCGCCAAGAAACUUGAAAGCGAUUCGAUGGGCUUGGAGUUCUUAAACAAACUACGGAACCUCUUCAGCUGGACACAUGCGAAAGAUGAAACUGCCACUGAAGUAGCCGGAACCGGCGACGGAAUAGACACCACGCAGAAUCUUCGCAGCAGCGAAGAGCGUCGCGUAGCAGGCGGCACCGGCGACGAAACUGACACUCCAGCACCACAUUUCUACAAUACUUCCAAGCGUUCUUAUAGUGGCGAACAACAAGAGAGCUCUUUUUUCAAGUACCGCCGUGUGGACAGCACAUUUCCCCGUUACAUUACGAAUCCGAUUGCCGAGGACAUGCCCACCACCACCAAGCCCAUGGCAGAACAGAAACCAGGGCCCGUGUCCCGUUUGCAGAUCCCCUCGUCGGGCAACAAGCGUCUGUCCAUAUUCAAUGAACCGCGCAGCGCACAGCAGAUCAUCCGCUAUCAAGGCCUCAGCAGCACCCACAUUGACUUGUCAGACGAUGAUGAGUCGCCAGUCAAUGGCUCCAUCUUCCAGUCGUUCGGCCGUGGACGUACCACUGCCUCCUCAACCGAUUGGCUGCUAAAUGGUCAGUCCUCAUCCCAAGGUAAUGGUGCUGCUCAUCCCUCAUCGAUUGUACGCCGCUCGUAUGCGGAUGCAGUGCGCCUGGGCCAGGGUGGCAGUGGCUUCAUCGAGCAUGUACAGCCCGGCAUGAAUGGGCAUCAGCAUCACCCUCAUGCCGUGCGCGGAUCCCACAACGACAGUCUGCUCAUUCACGAGGAACGACGCUCGGAGCGCGAGCAGUAUAAUAAUCUUCUCCACAACGUAGCCUACAAUGAACUCCGAUCAAACCAAUCCAGUCGGGCAAACCCGCCGCCGCUUUUGCCGAUCAUGAACUGGAACUCCAUGCCCAAGAAGAACACAGAAGGCUCCAGCUUCCAGACGCGACUGGAUCGAUCCGAGUACUCAAAACUGUUGGAAAUCGCCAAGCAGACGGCCAAGACACAGCGCCCAAGGUCGCAGGCACCGGCACCAGCACCACCGCCGCCACCACCGAUGCUGCGCACGACGGUCUGUGAAGUAAAUUCUAGUGACAGCAACUCUGGAAGCGGCAGUCCGCCGCCCUCUCAAACCACGGAAGCUGCUGCGCAGCCCGUCAUAAUCGAUCUGGACGAUAGCUCCAGCGAGCAGAGACAGUCUGCGAAAAGCGAAACAGAGUAUCAGAAGCGAAUCCAGGCAAUGCAGAAGCGCUUCAGCGAAAGCAUAUUCUUCCGCGAUGAUUACGAGCAGACGUUCAGACAGCGCGAGCAGCGCCAACGCGCUGAAGCGGACCAUAAGCGUCAGCUGGCUUGCAUCGAGGCCGAAAAGGUAACCGAAGAGCGUCGCCGUCUGGAGAGUUCAUUCCGCUGGACCAUCUUGAAAUGCCACAUGGGAUGUGUGCCCUUAUUGAUGGACUUCGGUGCGAAGGAGGAAGACGAGAAGGAAAUUGAGUUUAUUCCACUCACUGAUGAGCAGUUGCAGAAGCUGCAACGCAUAGUGACAGGCCCAGAUGAUGCUCCUGUUAUUAACAAAUAUGGGCUUACAAUCACUAAAAAGGAUAUUCGCACACUGACCGGCCUCUUUUGGUUGAACGACGAAGUGAUCAAUUUCUAUAUGAAUCUGCUCACCGAACGUUCGCAGCAGAAGAAGGGCAUUCUGCCCAGUGUCUACGGCAUGAACACAUUCUUUCUGCCACGCCUCAUCAAGGUUGGGUUCGAUGGUGUGAAGCGCUGGACACGUAAGAUUGAUGUGCUGAGCAACGACAUCAUUCCAGUGCCUGUGCACUGCAAUGGUAUGCAUUGGUGCAUGGCCAUCAUACACUUGAAAAACAAGACCAUCUUCUACUACGAUUCGCUUGGAAAGCCGAAUCACAUCGCCCUGGAUGCCCUUAAGAACUACAUUAUGGCCGAGUCGCUAGACAAGCGCAAUGAGCCAUACGAUAUGAGCGGCUUUAGGAUUGAAAAUGUGUUGAAUGGGCCGCAACAAACGAACGGAUCAGACUGCGGUGUGUUUAGCUGUAUGACAGCCGAAUAUAUAACUCGGGGAAAGCCGCUGACAUUCAAUCAGGAGCACAUGAGCUAUUUUCGUAAGAAAAUGAUACUGGAGAUUGUUCAUGGGCAGCUGUGGAAAUAGUACUCGCCAAAAACACAAACUACAGUCUACACCCUUAUGGAAUUAAGCAAUGAAAAAGAAAUAGGGAAUAAAAUUAAGAAUAUAGUUUUUUAGCAGGAGCGCUUCCCAAACACACACUUGCAAACAUAAUUUAUUGACUUAGUUGUCGAAAAACUACACGAAAGAAACAAAAUGAAAUCAUGCGACUUGAAUCCGUCUAAAUCGUGGGAUCUAGCCACGCACGCAGCCCAUUAUGCAACAAGAAUCCCCAUCCGCUCCCAUCCCUCAGUUGAAAAAAUACUUCUAAAAAGUUACUAAAUCUAUGGUCCAUGAACCAAAGGAAGCUCGGCAACAUAAUUAAACUUGAAUACACAUUAAUUAGUACAUUAGAUUAGCAUGGGGGUUCAAUAUAAAUAAGAAAUAUAAUAUGUAACAAUAAUA